UAAGCUUAAACCGUAAAACAAGACUUUUGAAAAGAGUUGACCGUUCUCCCCUCUUCUUUCUCCCACACACACUUCGCACCAAACUACUUGUAUUCCAACAACAACCGGCUUUCACUCUCACCAGCUAGAGAGAGAACUCAAGACGAUACUGGAAAUCCUUUCCCCAAUCAUCAUCAUAUAAACUCAAAGAUUCCACCAAAUUAAUCAUCCACUAUUUUAAUUCGAUUAUUAUUUAACCCUAAGUUUACAGUUCAACGUUUAUCAACCAGUGAAAAUUCCUCCCUUUUCUUGUCGGAUUAUUAUUAUUAUUUCUUUAAUCCCACAUGAAAAGAUAUUGAUAGCUUAAUUGUUGAUUUUUUGUUUGUUGAGCUCUCAAAUUCGCACGUCUUUUUCUGUCAUUUGGUUUCGGUUAGUUGACUCCAUUUGAAGCAAUAAUUUAGGAUUUUUUUUUCUUUUUAUUUCUUGUUAUGGGUUCUUCUUCCUUUUGCUUCAUCAAUUGGAGCGAAAGGGAGUGGUAAUUGGUCCCAAAGUUCUUGAAUUUCAUUGUUGAAUUGUUGAAUUUGAAAUGGGUGGAAGAACAAGAAAUGGGGUCAAAUGCAAUUUAGGGUUUGCUGUUAAAGCUUUUCUGUGUUUGUUGGUGGGUUUUACACUUUAUGAACCGGCGACAAGUUUAAGACCAUUGAGAGAAAGAGCUAGCUCUUGGGGCGAUGAGUGGCUUUUUGUCAAAAAAGAAGAUAGUAAUAUGGCUUCCUUUUCAAGUUGGAACAUAAGCGGAACGUAUCGAGGUACUUGGAAGUUUUCAGAAUCUGCAAAUAUAUCUGCUAGAUUUCCAGAUUUUAAGAGAUCAGAUGGGAACUCGAUAAUUGAGUUGAUGAGUACCCCAACAAAAAUAACUGGUGUACAUUAUGUUCAGGGCCUAAUUAUAUUUCACGAUGCUUUUGAGGAUGAUCAUGAAGGAGGUGGUGCUCAAAUCCGUGUUGAAGGUGUAUAUAUCUGGCCUUUUAGGCAACUAAGAAUGGUGGCAAACAGUGGAAAAGAUGGUGAGCUUGGUCCAGAAGAAGACUACCUAUUGUCUAAUCCAUAUCACUUGCUUGGAGUUUUUUCGUCACAAGUGUUCCAAGAUUCUUCACGUGAUAAAAUUUGGAGAAGAAAAAACUCACAAGUUCACGAUAUAGAGAAACAUUGCAAUAUUGAAAUUGCAGCUCAAGUUUCACGUGUGGCAUCCUUGCAAAAUGAUGGAGAUCAUGAUCGCUAUCACAUAGAGGGAUUGAUGGAAUCUCCAUCUGCUGAUGAAGAUGGUGACUGCUUUUCUCCGUUAUUGCUCAAUGCGACCUCUGUCAAUAUAGAAGUCUAUUACAACAAAGCUGUGAACUAUACACUGAUGGUUACCUUUGUAUCCUUUCUUCAAGUUCUUCUAUUGAUUCGACAAAUGGAACAUAGCAAUACCCAAUCUGGUGCUGCCAAAGUUUCAAUAUUGAUGAUUGGUCAACAGGCUAUCAUGGAUGCAUAUCUCUGUCUUCUACAUUUGACAGCUGGAAUAUUAGUAGAAUCACUGUUCAAUGCUUUUGCAACUGCUGCCUUCUUCAAGUUUGUUGUGUUCUCUAUAUUUGAGAUGAGAUAUCUCUUAGCUAUAUGGAAAGCAAGUAGGCCGGCUAACAGUGGGGAAGGCUGGGAAGCCAUGAGACGUGAACUAUCACUUCUUUACAGCCGAUUCUAUGGUAUACUCUUGGGAGGCAUUCUGAUAAUGUAUGAGUUCCAUAAUUUUCUGCGGCUAAUUCUUCUUCUUAUGUACUCUUUCUGGAUACCUCAAAUAAUUACCAACGUUAUUCGUGAUUCAAGAAAACCGCUUCACCCUCAUUACAUUUUAGGCAUGACUGUUACUCGAUUAGCAAUUCCAUUGUACAUUUUUGGCUGCCCUAACAACUUCAUGCGAAUUUCACCUGAUACGAACUGGUGUAUAUGUUUGUGCUCAUUCAUGGGACUUCAGUCUUUUGUCCUCCUACUCCAGCACUACCUUGGAUCACGAUGUUUUAUACCUCGUCAGAUCUUACCUGAGAAGUAUAGUUAUUAUAGACGGUUCGAUCAAGAUGGACACCGUACAACAGAUUGUGUCAUUUGCAUGACUUCCAUUGAUCUAUCUGAACACUCUAAUGACUGCAUGGUGACACCUUGUGAUCAUUUCUUCCAUUCUGGAUGUUUACAAAGAUGGAUGGACAUCAAGAUGGAAUGUCCAACAUGUCGCCGAUCCUUGCCACCUGCUUAACAAUGUGAUUUCCACUUGUUGGUUGUAGUGCAUGCCUGCGGAUUUUUUUCAAAGUAUCAGAGGAAGCAGAGAUGCAACAAAAUGCCGAGUCGGAGGAAGUUCAAAUAGACAAAACAAAACAACUGUGACUUAAUUGUAUUAUUGCCCAACCAUUAUUUAUGUAUAUUACAAAUGUGUAUAUCAAAUGCUCAUCAUAGGUUGUAGGUUUCUUAUUGAAUACAAUACAGAGGUAAAGGAAGGCAACCAAAUCUCCACUUUCGCCAAGCUUAGGCAUUUUUGUCGUUGAUGACUAAUAACAAAGAAAAAUUAUACUAUU